AUGUCUACUCAUACUUACAAGAAGUUCGAAGAGGCCGUGUCGGGCGUUUUGCCCGACAAAAUGACCGUCUAUCAAGAGUGUUUGAACGCGUUUAACGAAUCGCCCGUGAACGCCAAGCGGUGUCGCACGUUGAUCUCGCGUCUGUUGCAAUUGCUGGCACAGGGCGAGACGUUCCCUAAGACAGAGGCCACGGCGCUGUUUUUUGCAGUGUCCAAGCUGUUCCAGCACCCAAACGACUCUCUCAGACAGAUAGUAUACCUGGCUAUUAAAGAGUUGAGUGUCAUUUCCGACGACGUGCUGAUGGCCACAUCGUCGAUUAUGAAGGACGUCCAGAACGGGUCCGAUGCCAUCAAGCCCAAUGCCAUCCGGUCCUUGACUCGGGUCCUGGACGAGACCACCGCGUUCUCCGCAGAGAGACUUUUCAAAUCCGCUGUCGUGAGCAAACAUCCUUCGAUUUCGUCUGCUGCGCUGGUCAGUUCGUACCAUUUAUUGCCGGUCGCUGAGGCGACCGUCAAGCGCUAUAUCAGCGAAACGCAAGAAGCGGUGUCAGAUUUGAAGACAUACCCCUACGUCAGUGGUGCGUCUGAUUACUACCCGAAUUCGACGUACAUAUCCCAGUACCAUGCGUUGGGGCUGCUUUACAUGCUCAGAAACAGCGACAAGAUCGCGCUCAUGAAAAUUGUACAGCAGUACUCGGGCGGAAAUGUGCUGAAAAAUCAGCUUGCGCAGGUGCAGCUCGUCAAAUUCGUCGGUAAUCUUUUGCAACGGGACCCUAAUGUCAUCUCACAAUUUGCGCCUUUGCUUUCAGGGUGGUUGACCAGUAAACAUGAAUCUGUCCAACUAGAAUCCGCGAAGCUCAUCACUUCGUUGCCCGACAGGAACGUUUCACCAGAUCUCGUCGCAGCCGCGAUCCAAACUUUGCAAGGUUUACUCACUGUGCCUCGUGUGACUACCAGAUUUGCAGCUGUGCGCGUUCUUAACCGAAUCUCAAUGGUGGCUCCUCAAAAAAUUGUCGUUUGCAACCCGGAACUAGAGUCUUUGAUCAACGACAGCAACAGAAACAUCUCGACUUAUGCGAUCACUACGCUGUUGAAGACUGGUACUUCCAACAACAUCUCUUCUUUGAUCAAGACCAUCACCAAAUUCAUUCACGACAUUUCAGACGACUUCAAAAUUAUCAUAGUGGAUGCCAUUCGCACCAUGGCCUUCAAAUUCCCAGAAGAGUGGAAAUCCAUUUUCGAUUUCCUCAUAAAUACACUAAAACAUGGUGACGGCGGUUUCAUAUUCAAAAACGGUAUAGUUGAAGCCUUGUUUGACUUGGUCGAAUUUGUUCCUCAGUCCAAAGAAACGGUGCUCGAAAACCUUUGCGAUUUCAUCGAGGACUGUGAAUAUAACGAAAUCUUAGUCCGAGUUCUACAUUUGCUCGGGAAAGAGGGGCCCACUACGAAAAAUCCAUCCCUGUAUGUGAGACAUAUCUACAACCGAGUUGUGUUGGAGAACUCUAUCAUUAGAUCUGCGGCUGUCGUAGCACUGUCCAAAUUUGCCAUGGUCAAAAACGACCCAGUUCUACUCAAUUCUAUUGAGAGCUUGUUAAGGAGAAUUCGCAAUGAUCCAGACGACGAAGUGAGAGACAGAGCCACCAUUGCUCUUGAAUUCAUCGAAUUUUCCAAAUCGCAGCCUGAGGCCGAAGUACCUCAGGAACUCAUAAACUUAACCUAUUCUUAUGAUCUCGGGGCUUUGGAGAGCAAAUUAACCCAUUACAUGGCUUCGAAUCAGGAUUCGUUCCGGACGCCAUUCGACUCCUCAUCGGUUCAGAAACUGACAGAGGAAGAGCGCAAGGCGACCGAGUAUAAGAAGAGACAAGAACAGUUCUCUGCGAAACUAUCUCCUGGCAAAGAAUCGACCCCUAGCCGCUCCACUGAUGCCGACAAGGCAAAUGGCAAUUAUUCAGGGCCCACCAUGGAAGAACAUGGUGAAGAUCUACGUGCGACCAGAUACGCUGAAGAGCUAUCAUCAAUUGAUGAGUUUGCAGAAUUCGGUGCCAUUGUCAACAGUUCUAAGGACGUUCCUCUCACCGAGACAGAAGCCGAAUUUGUUGUUUCGGGUGUGAAACACAUUUACAACUCGCACGUGGUUUUGCAAUUCAACAUCACUAAUACUCUUUCUGAUGUUGCGUUGGACAACGUCUCUGUUGCAUCUACACCCGAAGUUGGUGAAACAAGCCCACUGAACGAGUUGCUAACAAUUCCGAUCGAUAGACUUGCACCAAGCGAAACUGCGGCUUGUUACGUAGCUUUCAGCAAGUCUGAAUCAAUCGUGACAGAGGGAUUUUUGAAUACACUUUAUUUCACCACGCGAGAACUGGAUCCUGCUACAGGAGAACCAUUCGAAGGUGACGAGGGAUUCCAAGACGAGUACGAGAUAGACUCUCUUUUUAUUACCGCUGGUGAUUACAUCAAGGGUGCAUUUGUGGGCAAUUUCUCAGCCAGUUACGACGAACUGGCCCAUUCCGAAGUGGCAGUCUACAACAUCAAGGAGGAUAACUCAUUGCAAGAGAUCAUUGACAAGAUUAUUGCAAAUACCAACUGUCUCCCGUUGGAAAACUCACAAUUUGCCACGCUUGAUUCCAAUUCGCACACAUUGAAAGUAUUCGGCAAGGGCAUAACAGGUGGUGCAAGAAUAGGCCUGGUCGUUCGCAUGAUAAAAAGUUCAAAGGGCAUUGCUUUGAAGGCAGAGGGUAAAUCCGACGACGCGGAGUUGUGCUCAGACGUGGUCAAUGAGUUGGUGUGA